CCAGGGCUGUGUAUCUCAGAGAGAAUGGCGGAGAGAGAAAAAGCGUCCCCUACCCCUGCAAGCUCCUCUCCCUUCCUGGGGAUGCAUCUCGCCUCUCCUCCACAUUUCAGGCUCACACACGACAUCACACUGGAGGAAUUCGAAGACGAGGAUUUAUCGGAAAUCACGGAAAUCACAGAUGAAUGUGGAAUCAGCUUGCACUGUAACGAGAGCCGCCGCUGCAAGGGCCGUCUGCGUGCCGAUCCCGGUCUGGCCCCAUCAGGGGCGGGAGCUGCUAGCCGGAUCCAGGCUGAGAUGCUGCAGUUGGACCUGAUUGAUGCCGUUCAGUUUCACGAAGAAGAGACCGUGUCUUCUGCUGACCCCAGGCCUGUUCUUCCUCCAUCGAUGGACACCUAUAGGCCCAAGAGACCCACCACCCUCAACCUUUUCCCACAGGCCCCUCGGACACAGGACACGUUGAAUAAUAACUCUUUGGGGAAGAAAUACACUUGGCAGGAAAGAGUUUCCCGCUCCUCGUCUCCUCUGAAGACCGGGGAGACCACACCAUCCAACGAACAUGUGUGUCUGAGCGAUGAGGGCAACCAACCUGCUAUCACCCAAGACCGUGGAACCUCUACAGAUACCCCAUGCCGACGUAACAACACAACGCAGAGUGCUAACGACCCCUCGGGCCGCUCCACCGCCAGGUCUCGCCUGGACCCUCAGCGAGAUAGAAUUCGCUACCAGACAGACGUCAGACUGGAACCUACAGAGGAGAUCUUCCUCACUCCUGUCCAAAGGUGCUCAGACCCCCCAGAGCCUGAAAAACCUUUUGUGUCACAGUCUGGACCUUGCCGUAUGUCCGUCAGCUCAGAUGUAGACAUCACCACCCGUUCGCACGGCGGUGGUCGGCAGCAGCUAUCCAUCAGUGAAGAGGAAGAGGAAGGAGAGGAUGGGGUGGGGUACCUAGGAUGCCCUGGCAGAGCAAGUUGCCAUCGUGCCCUUCAGAGGUCGUCGGUGAGCUCUGAUACCAGCGGCCUAUCUUAUGACUCUGUAAAGUACACCCUGGUGGUUGACGAGAAUGUGCAGCUUCAGCUGGUCAGCCUGCGGCAGUGUUACGCAGGAUACAGCGAUGAUAGUGACAGUGGUACCGUAUACGACAACUGCGUCUCCUCGCCCUAUGAGUCGGCCGUCGGGGAGGAAUACGAAGAAGAAGAAGGGCAGCGGGUGGUAGCUGCCGGGAGGGAAGGGAACAGAGUUCGGAGGUCUGUGUGCCUUUCUGAGAGCUCCUCUCCAGAGGGCGAUGUCUCGUACUCCAAAAAAUUCCUCAACGUCUUCAUGAACGGGCGUUCACGGUGCACGAUUACAGAUUCCUUUGGGUUAUUUUCAUGUGUGAUAAAUGGUGAGGAGCAAGAGCAGACACAUCGAGCGGUGUUCAGGUUUAUUCCUCGUCACCCUGGGGAGUUGGAACUGGAGGAGGAGGACCCUCUGUUGGUGGAAGUUCAAGCAGAGGACUAUUGGUACGAAGCCUUUAACAUGCGAACAGGAGAGCGUGGAAUAUUCCCUGCUUUCUAUGCUGUCCAGGUGAAAAAGGAGCCGGAUCAUAUGGCAGAAAAUCGAACCUCCGACUGGGUGGAUCAGUUCUGGGUGAAGUUCCUCGGCUCUGUGCAAGUUCCGUAUCACAAGGGAACCGAAGUCCUUUGCACGGCCAUGCAGAAGAUCGCCAUGUCACGUCGCCUUACGGUGCUGUCAAAUCCUCCAUCCAGCUGUGUUCUUGAGAUCAGCCUCCGAGGGGUGAAAAUUGCGGUUCGAGGAGAUGACCCUGAGGACCACAGCCAGCAGGUAGACACAUGCAGCCACUUCUUCCAGUUAAAUAACAUCUCAUUCUGUGGCUACCACCCCAAGAACAGCAAGUAUUUUGGCUUCAUAACUAAGCACCCCUCCGACCAUCGCUUUGCGUGUCAUGUCUUUGUGUCCGAAGAAUCAACCAAACCCUUAGCAGAGUCUGUUGGGAGAGCCUUCCAGCAGUUUUACAGAGAGUACGUGGAGUACACAUGUCCCACAGAAGAUAUAUAUCUGGAAUAGCUACAGUUUAUUCUAUGGAAUCCUUUCCGUGCAUGGACAAUCUGCUCGCGUACGGGCAGCGGAGCAGAAGAAGCUGCCGAAGUGGUGGGACGGCGAAGGGUCAGAGGCUUCCUCUCUUCUGUGCCUCCACCGUGUCGGACUCUGGUAAACCGGGCGUCUGGGUGCAAACCAAGGAAAGACGCCCCUCGAUAACCUUCUCCCCACAUUACUCUGCCCCCAACCCCGCCAUGCAUAAUGUUGGAAAAACGCUGAAGACCUAAAACCAUCUUACAGUGAAAAAAAAAGCGCAGAGAGAUGAGAUGGAUGAUAAAGCGAGAGAAUGAAGAGAGCUGAUGGAGAGUGUAACGCAUGAAGCCAUCACAAAGCAAGGGGGGCUGG